ACAUUAGUCUGGUUUACAGACUUCGUUCUCCAAAGAAGGUCACGGCAGUGAGGGUACCAUUAGACAUGCCUGUCACAUGCUCACGUGCUGGGCCUGGCGUUCGUCUGAUUUCUCAUGACCUCCUUUUACACUGAGUGCCAUCUCCCCUGUGUGCUUUUGCUGUCUACAUCACUGAGGAGCAUCUUGCAACUCGUGGCAGACUCAAGAGCGCCCCCUGUUGGUGGGGGUUGCAGAUUUCGCACGUGACUGGAAACGGCAAAACUUCAAAAUCUGUCUCGGCUGUAUAUGUGAAUUGGUUCCUGGCUCUUGCACGAGCAGCAAACCUCUUCGUGAACUGAAGAAGCCGGGAUGCCGAGGGCUUGGUGAGACGGCCUUGUGCCCUUUGAAACCGUGAUGUUUGGUCUCAGUCACCAUGGUUAUUUUCACCAAAGUCACUGAGGAACAGCGGAUCAGAAUGAACUGUUUUUCAACAUUAAGGCAUAUCAAAGGUUAAUUUGUGUCUUGUGGCAGUUAAAGGUGAGUCUGUUUGCUUUGGGGAAAAAAAGGUUGCCAAUAAUUGUGCUAUAUUAGCUUUUCAGUUUUUAUACCAUUUCUGCGCAUUUAGUUUCAUAAUAAUGCUGGUGAGUACAACACGAGGGUGUCACUAAAUCCCUCAGCUGUUUUUGGCACUGUGGGAGGAGCCUGUGAAUUUCACACACCACGCUCCAUCUGGAUUAAACUAUUCUUACCCUUGGCUAAUAUUUACACCCUUUAUAAAAAAGCAAUUUGGAUGCUUUCAGUGUUUGACAGAGAGAGCGGCGAUGUAAGCAGGACCAUAUUGGCUACCAGCAUUUCUGUGUUGAUACAUCAUUCUUUGAUUUAAUGUUAAUUUUUAUUACUAUUCUUAUUUAUUUAUAUCUUUAUUGAUAAUUCACUCGACUAAUCUGGCAGUUAACUUCUGUUCCAAUGCUGCCUUUGGGUGAACUCCUUUGGUUACAUGGGAGGAACGAUUGGGAACUGUCUGGAUGUCGUGGAUUCAGUUGAUGAGAUCGCUUGAUCUGGAACAGCAGGGUCAGGGAAGCCUCUCGGGAAUCGACUGGAAUGGGUGUCGAUCCUGAGCGUGUCAUGGCAUUACUGCAGCUCCGGCUCGCUUUGUAAACUACACACACACGCAUCCAUCAUGUGAGUUCAGCUGAGGCCUGCUGGAGAACUGGAGACAUGGAGACAAAAUAUUGUGAAGAUGUGGGAGACAAAGGCCAGAUUAGAGUACACAGGAAGAAGAGGCGUCUGAAGCACAUGCGAAGUGUGAAAAUGGAUCGGUCAAAACUCGUCUGAAGUCUCACAGGUGACGUCCUUCUUCUGCAAGAUGUCGGUGAGCAGAGCAAUCUCACUGUUGAGUUUCAUUGCUGUGGCCAUCUCUUCUCAAGACAGCUCCAAACCUGUCGUGACAAUCGAUCCAUCAGGCUGGAUAUACGAAGGAGACGCGGUAAUCUUGACUUGCGAGGCCAAGGGACAUCGCUCCAACGGUUCAGCGACCCGCUGGUUCCGAAACAGAGUGCUGGCAGACUCCACGCCGCAAACUGAAAUGAUCGCCGCAUCUGGGGUAUCCUAUACACUGAGACCUGCUGCGCCCUCAAACACAGAGAUAUACUGGUGCAGCAUUAUGGGAUGGGACAGCUGGCCCAUCCAGUUUAAAGUGCGCGAGCUGUUCUCGCCGCCCAUGUUGAGCGUGGAGCCUUCAGGGAUGGUGACGGAAGGAGAGAACGUGACUUUUCGCUGUGAGGUUUUGCCCCCCCCACGGAAACCUGGGGUGUCCCUGCAGGCCACCAUAUUCUUCACAGAUGAUUCAGGUCUGACCAAAGCGGUGUCCGCGGGGGACCAGCACACAUUUGUAGCUGAGAGGGCUAACGCUGGAAGCUACCAUUGUGCGGUGCAGGCCGUGAAGAACCACGUCAGAAAAAUUAGCCCCCCGCUGUGGCUGGCUGUCAGACAGGUGUUUAUCAGCGUCACUCUCACUGCAUCUCCGGGAGUCAGAGUAAAAGUCCACCAACCCUUGAGUCUUAAAUGCUCAGCUGUGAUUAAAAACCAGAGCUCAGGCCACCAGGAUACGGACCGAGCCGAGACGUCCUUCACCUUCCUGAGAGACGGGCAGCCGGUAGUGACCCGCAGCCACUCAGAUCUCUACACCAUAAUCAGCGUCAACAGGAGCCACGCUGGGAAAUACAGAUGCGUCGUAAAUGCAGGGAGAGCCCAGAAACACAGCCAGGAGAUUCUUAUUUACUUACAGAAUAGACCGGUGGUGUUCGGCUUGGGGGCUUUAGGAUUCCUGGCCGCUACCGUUGUGCUGUGUGUGAAAUGACUGACUGCCGACCAGUGUUGUUCUGGGAUACUUCCUUACCUGGUUUUCCAGCUCUCUUUAAAGGUGCAUGAGGGACAGUCAAACACAUGGAAGGAUGCAGGAUUGUUUCAAACCACAAGAAGACAACGUUUCUGCGUGUGACUGGAGUUGCAUUUGGGGCAAACAAAAUAUUUGCAUAUAAAGUAAAGCAAUCAUGAGUGUGUGUCUGUUUCACAUAGGCUGCUUCCUAUUAAAUUAGGUAGCAGGUCGUAAUUGAAAAUUGGUCCAGCUCAGAAUGUUUUAUUUUGAUACCAUAUAAGGACACAAAGAAUUUCAAGCAAUUACCUUGUAGUUUUUGAGACCUGGCUGUUGGGGAAGCCCCUGACCUGAUGAGUGGGGGCAUCACUUUAUCUUCUAUGGCAGUUUGUGGGGUUUCACGAUGAAUCUCCUGAAAGAUGUAAUUUUUAAAGCAUUAUUGUGGUACCUUAUUCAGUGAGUUUCUUAGUAGGUUUCUGUAAGAAAACUGAGUGCAACAUUAACCAAUAUUUUGACUGAACCAUUGAAAUAUUUAUUUUUAAUUGUAUUCCCCGGAUAGAAAAAAGCUAAAUUAAAGCAUCACCACUUAGUCGUAACAAAGGGAAGAGGGACUGCAGAUGGCAUUUGACACUGUAAAUGCAAUAAGUCAAAAAGUAUUUGAUGGAUCUUAUAUUUGCUUAAAAAAAAAAACAUUAAAGAUAAAAAUCUAUACCUGAUUUAAUUUCAGCUUUGAAGAGCAACAAUAUAUGUAAUGCAAGCAUACUAAACUUAAUGCAUAGUAAACGUAGUCUGCAGAAGAAAAAUCA